UUUACUUAGUACGAAAAGUCGUCGUAAAGCCAUACUGACUAUCUGUUGACAAUCUGAGUUACGCCAGAUACCAGCCAGACCGGAUGCCCGAAUCCAUACAGGUGUACCUUUGACCUCGCAAUCAUUCGCAAGAAGAUUUGUUGUAAAUUCAUACGUAUAUUACAUUCAACAUAUUUUUAAAUAUAUUUAUUUUCAUACUACAAAUUAUUCAAAAUAAUAUUUUUUAUUUAAACUUGAAAAAACACACCAUUUUUUCUCUCAAAAUGUUUAUAGUUGGUUGUUCAUCUUCAGGGAGAUUCAAAAUGGAUUAGAGGCUCACAAUACGUUGUGCAACUACUAAUCAAUCAGCAUAAAAUACACAAUUUUAUUGAGUCUAAAUGCUUAGUUUAACUACUGGGGAUUUAUGAUGUCAUUUCAUGGAGCAUAUUGGUUUUCUUUCUAUCUUUUUUUAUCUUUUUUUUUCUUUUUUUUUUAGGUUUCAUUUCUUUCUUUCUUUCAUCAAUAAUUGGCCUGUUCUUUGUUCGUAGCUUAAAAUACUAAAACAUAAACUUUUGAAAAGAUUAAAAAAUUAUGUUUAGUUUGAUUGAUGGGGAGGUAAAUUUGCGCUGAUUACUUUUAAUGACAGGGGGAUUUGCGCUGAUUGCGGUCUUGCAUAGAUUCAUCAAUGCUACUGUACAUAAAACACACGUGGACACUGCAUGCAGAUGACCGACAGUAAGCUUUAAUAUCUGUGUUUUGAUUGGUCCGCGGUGAUGUUUGUCAACUGCACGUGUAUCCAAUGAAAUCAUUGUAUCAAAUGAAAUCACUGGUUCAAAAGCAACCUGUCUUUAUCCUUGCAGAUGAAUACAGGGGACCAGUCUUUAACUUGCUGUAAAAGUUGUGCAUUGGAAGCCAAGUCAGAUAAAAAUAAUGAGAAUGUUUUAUUGUGAUUGACAAAAGAGUAGUCAUCGCCAAGCUACACAUACGAUUAUUUACAGUCAUUUCAUUAUACAAGUCAGUAGCGAAAAAUCCAUUCGCGUUACAAGUUAUCAACAACUAUAUUUGUCUACAACACUAUUCAAAGCAGGAUUCAAAAUCAGUAUGUUUCUCGUCAACCUCGUUCGCCUGCUUCUGCUGGUCGGUGUGUUGUAUGAAUCUGGGGUUGAUGCAACUGAGCAACUGAGGGAACAACCAAGUGAACUUCGAGAAACCAUUAAAUCCGUUGUUGAAACGUUGUCUAAGUACAGCCUGGAACGUAAUACGGAAGGCGUCAUGUCUGUGGUUGAUCCGGAUGCCAAGCUUUUGAUGGACGGUUAUCCAGCCUUUGUUGGACUCGAAGAGAUACGAACCAUCGUGGAGGUUUUCUCUGAGAGAGCAUCUCACAUCGAAGUAAACUUCAAAGUGGUGGAACCUAUGGAUAAAGAUGCGAAUUUAGUGUACAGUUUGUUUCAUUUCGAGUUUCUCAACGAGUUGGGUGAAAAGUACGUCGGUGCUACUCAAGUGACUAUCUUCAGAAAGAAUCCAGAUGGGUACAAGUACUACAUAGCAGACGUCAACAAACAUAACCAACCAGCUUAAAGUGGCGCCCUCUAUCAUGCACGGUGUGUCAACCAGGGGGUUGCACUUGGGUGUCCGUCACGAUGGGCAUAAAUGCUGUUUCGGACCCCCCCCCC